CCACCCCCUCUGGAGAGUAAACCCAAACGUGUAUUGUCUUGUGCUGCACCAAGAACUGCACAGCAUAAACUCAUGAAAUUCGCCCCCUCCAACAACGGGGAGGAAGAUCUGCACAGCUUUUUGUCCUCCAGUUAUGAAUCCACAAACUGGUUUCGAGAAAACAAAAACAAGUUUACUAGCUUCAAAAGAUAGAUCUUAAAGGAUUACAAGGGAUGGGCAACCGAUCAAAGCAGAUGACUAAGCAAAUAAAACAAACACGCAAACUAAGCUUAACACACUAACAAAACCGGUUACAAGCAGUAGUAUUUCUCACCCUAAAUGUUGUUCUAGGCUGACUGCAGACGUUCUUGAAGACAGGCUGCUCUUGCUUGCAGCUUGGAACUCCAGGUAUUUCUUUCACAGCAGGGAUCGGGGGCUCAGAUGGAGCCAGGGCACCCGGUGCAGCUGGUGCAUCUGGACGAGGAAAGGGGCCUGACCCUGGACGAGGAGGCCCUGAGAUGCUGCCUGGAGCAGGGUGGGGUGAGGGACACCCCUGUCUGCCUGGUGUCCAUCAUCGGGGAGCAGCGCCGGGGCAAAUCCUUCCUGCUGAACUACCUGCUGCGCCGGCUCCGGAGUCCGGGUGCAAGGGAUGGGUCAUGGAUGGGACGAGAGGAUGAGCCCCUGGAGGGGUUCAAGUGGCGAGUCGGUACCCAGAGAGUCACCGAGGGGGUGUGGGCCUGGAGUCAGCCCUUCUGGGUCCCCGCCAAGGCGGGGAAGGUGGCCGUGCUGCUGGUCGACACCGAGGGCUCCAUGGUCAUUGAAAGCAACAAGGAGACGAGCAUCAAACUGUCUGCCAUGUCCAUGCUGCUCAGCUCCUACCAGAUACUGAAUAUUUCCUCUCAGGUGAAGGACCCAGAUCUCGAAUACCUGGAGAUGUUUCUGCACGUGGCUGAAGUGGUGGGAGAGGCCUAUGGACUGGAGCCCGUUCAGCACCUAGACCUGCUGGUGCGGGAUUGGAGCAACACCCUGGUCCUUGGAGUCGAGGGUGGAGAGCAGCAUCUGAGAGACGUCAGACAGAUGCUGGCGGCGACGUCCCCUUGCAAACACCCCAAGGCCCUGGAAGUGCUGAGCAGAAGCAGCAGCCGCUGUUACCUGAUGCCCUUACCUGGCAAGCGGAUCUCAACUGGCAGUGAGGGAAAGCUAAGAGACAUGGAUGAGGAUUUCCGGGACAGCCUGAGGGACUAUGUCACCGCCCUGGUGGGCUCGGCUGGUCGACACGUCCGGAGGGACCGGCAUGGGGCGCUGCUCACCGGGAAACAGCUCGCUGCCAAGAUAAAGAAUUUCUCUGAUGUGAUGAGGAAACAUCGUUCUGGUUUCUCCUCUCUCUGUCAGAUGGCCAUCGCCUUCCACAACCAGAGAGCCCUGGACAGAGCCCGCCAUGACCAUGCUGCGUUUCUGAGGGAGAAGGACGGUGACUCCCAGAACAUCUUCAAGUGCCUGAAGGUGCGGCCGAGCAAGAUGGUGGAGCAGUUUGCGGAGAGGCGAGAGCUGUUGCUGCGGAGGUGCCGGACAGACAUGCGGGAACCAGCGCCGGAGAAAGAGGCCCUGCUGAUGGAGCUGGAGGAGGAACUGACACGGGAGCCUGAGACCUUCCUGAAGAACUACAGGAAGCGCUUCAAGAAAUUUGCCAUUUCGGCAGGCGUGGGGGCGGGGGCCCUGGUUCUGGGACCGGUGUGCGGAGCUGCCGGUGCCGCGAUUGCUGGUGCUGUCAUCGCUGCCGAGGCGACUGGGGCAUUUGUCGCGGCUGAGGUGAUGGCCAUUGGGGUUGGGGCGGGCGCUGCAGCUGGGAUUGUUGUGGGUGGGGGCGCGGGCGGGGGAGUAGGUGGGAACAUCGCCCGGAGGGAUAGGCAGAGGGCUGAGGCUGCUGGUGGUGGGAGGGAGGAAGGGGAUGGAACUGAGGAUCUAUCCGAUGACAGCCCCCUGAUCUGAUUAGUGCCUCCCACCCUCCCAAUCUGGGGCUGACGAAUGGGGUGACGGGGCUGCAGCGUGGCCCAGACACGUCCCCCAGAAGCCACCCCAGAGCAGGGAGCCGUCGCUCACAGAUUCUAAGAAGGGACAUUUACAUUCUCUCAUCUGACCUGCUGUGCCACCCAGGCUGGAGAACGCCGCCCACUUCCCCCUGCGUUGGGCCCAAUAUGUGGCGUUGGACUAAAUCAUCUCCCAGAAAGGCGGCCAGUCUGGCUCAGAAGCCAGAACAGACGGAGACCCCACUGCUUUCCCACUGGUGAAUCACUCGCGCUGUGAAAAAUCAGUCCCUCGCUUCCAAUGGGAGUGUGUCUGGCUUUAACUUCCAGCCCUCGGUUCUCGCUCUGCCUUCCUGCGAAGUUGCAGGGCCGCUCCAGCUGUAACGUGAAAUGCUUGGAAACGCCCGGCCGAUGGUCCUGUCCCGAGAUCACCUGCUGGGGUGACAAUGGGCACCUGGCUGAGUUCCUACAAUGACUGUCGUGUGGUCCGGUCCUGGGGGACAGAUCUCCAGCCACCCCUCUGAGCGGGAAGGCGGGUUCUAGGGAGAGGGCACAGGAAGAU